AUGACAAUUGACGAACUUGUCCGGCAUCGUACGACUCUGGGUUCAUGUCAACCUGUCAUCUCCUAUCCAAGAACAAGCGCUGACUACGUGGACUACUCUCUCCGCCAACUAGACGUCUUUGCUUUUCGAGUUGCGAAAGUAUUGGCGGCACACAUUCCUCCUCGAUCAUCGUCAUUAGAAACCCCGGCCGUCGUUGCACUGCUAGGAAUAUCUGAUCUGGAUUAUCUUGUCACGUUGCUAGCGCUGUCGAAGCUGGGACAUACUGGGCUACUGUUUUCGACCCGCUUAUCGAAUAAAGCUUACGCUUCGCUUCUGGAGAGAACAAAAUCGCAUCAUAUGUUUGUCCAUAGCGCUUUGAAAGGUACCGCAGACGAGCUUCAGAACUGGGUUCCUGGCCUCCAAGUGGCCGCAAUUCCCAGCGAAGCGUCUUAUUAUUACCCCAUAUCUCACGAGGUCGACACGAAUCUCGUCCCAUACCUUGACCCUGAGGUCGAGUCCACGCAUAUUGCCUGGAUCAUCCAUUCCAGUGGUUCGACUGGUCUCCCCAAGCCGAUUUUCCAGUCUCACGGGGCUGCCAUCAAGAAUUAUGCCCAAAAUAUGAAUAUGUCCGGCUUCAUCACUUUACCUCUGUACCAUAAUCAUGGAAUCAGUGUUUUGUUCCGAACCAUUUACUCGAACAAGCGGCUGUAUCUUUACAACGCAAAAUUGCCUCUCACCCGACAGAAUUUGCUGGACAUCAUGAAGUCUCACGUGGUGGACAUUUUCUACGGCGUUCCCUACGCCCUCAAAUUACUCGCCGAGACAGAAGAAGGGAUAUCCGUUCUUUCAAAGCUCAAGGCUGUCAUGUUCGGAGGGUCUUCAUGUCCAGAUUCUCUUGGAGAUUUACUCGUUGCAAAUGGUGUGAACCUCAUCAGUCAUUACGGAUCAACUGAGACGGGUCAGUUAAUGAGUUCUGUUCGCCCGCCUGGAGAUAAAGAAUGGGACUACCUACGACCUGACGGGCUCGUGAAGAAUUUUUUGCGGUUUGAAGAGCGCUUUUCAGGGGUAUUCGAGUUGAUCUGUCUCGAUGGAUGGCCUUCAAAAGUCAUGUCAAAUCGACCAGAUGGUGCCUAUGCCACGAAAGAUCUGUUCGUGAAGCACCCCACUCUCGAAGCAUACAAGUACUACUCCCGCCUAGAUGACACCAUCGUCCUGGUCAACGGCGAGAAGGUAAUUCCGCUUGAUUUAGAAGGACGCGUUCGACAGCAUAGUACAGUCUCCGAAACCAUCGCAUUUGGAUCAGGCAAGGAUAAUAUAGGCCUAGUGGUCAUCCGGGCCCCGGGGACAGGUUCCUUGUCCGACGACGAAAUUGUUGAAAGCAUCUGGCCCAGUGUCGAGAAAGCCAACGAAUCAUUACCGGCGUAUGGCCAUCUUUCGAAGAGCAUGGUGCUAGUUCUCCCAGCCGACACGCAGUAUCCUCGCACAGAUAAAGGAACUUUCAUUAGACAAGGCUUCUACAGAGAAUUCGCUUCAUUAAUCGAGCAGGCGUAUGAGGCUGGGGAUACCAUGACCGGGUCUUUGACAUUGCCAGAGGCAGAGCUCAAGUUCUUUAUCAAGGAACAACUACGUCAAGUCUUACCUCUCAAAGAUCCGACUACCCUGACUGACGACGCAGAUUUCUUCGCCCUUGGCAUGGAUUCUCUGCAGGCCAUGCAGCUCCGGUCAAUUCUAGCGAAGACAAUAAAUACUAAUUCACACAAACUAGGGAUGAACGUUGCCUUUGAGCAUCCUACAGCUAACUCACUUGCACACUAUCUCACCAGCCUCUGCUCUGGGACUGUGGAUGGAAUAGAGUCUGUGGAGGAUGAGAUGGCAGCUUUGGUAUCAAAAUAUAGCCGAUUUACUCCGCAUACGCCUUGCUCCAGCAGCCUGAACGGAAGAUACAUUGUCGUGACAGGGACCACCGGUUCGCUCGGAAGUCAUACAAUUACCAAACUUGCUACCCUCCAGGACGUCAACAAAAUCUACUGUCUUGUCCGUGCCAGCUCUCCGAUUGAAGCGUAUGGCCGCUUGCUCAAGUCCAUGCAUGAUCGCAAGGUCUUUGAUGGUGUUUCCGAUCUCGCCAAACGCAAACUCGUCGCACUUCCAUCUGAUCUCUCACACCCGAAUCUAGGCUUAGACUCGACCACGUACAGCACCCUCACCGCAGAAAUUACUGACGUUAUUCACUGCGCCUGGUCCGUCAACUUCAACCUGCACCUCCGCAGCUUUGAGGAAGACAACAUUGCAGGCCUCCAGAAUCUAAUCAACCUCUGUCUCAAAGCCCAAAGACCAACGCCCGCAUCAUUUAAUUUCUGCUCCUCUAUCAGCUCCGUCGUGAACACCGAUGGAGAUGAAAUCCCCGAAGCGCUGCCCCUGAAGCUGCGAUACGCCCAAACCAUGGGCUACGCACAGUCGAAGCUGGUCGCCGAACACAUAUGCGUCCAAGCUGCCCAACAAACUGGUAUCUGUGCCCGAGUCCUUCGAAUCGGCCAAGUAAUCGGAGACCAAACCCACGGCAUCUGGAACUCUACCGAGGCCAUUCCCCUAAUACUCCAAAGCGCAACCACCAUUGGAGCGCUCCCGACACUCGACGAGUCGCCUCUUUGGCUACCUGUUGACGUUGUCGCUGGCACAGUGGUCGACCUUUCCUUCUCCCCUCCGAACAUUUCCACCCUUGAUACCGAUCUCGUCUUCAACAUCGUCAAUCACCAUUCAUUCCACUGGACCCAAGACCUACUCCCGUACCUUCGCCGAGCCGGUCUCCAUUUCGAGGAAGUCGAUCAGCGCGAAUGGAUCCGUCGAUUGAGAUCCUCGGCCCUUGAUCCCGUCGCCAAUCCGCCUGUGAAGUUGGUGGAGUUCUUCGCCAGUAAAUACGAUACAGAGGAACCUCGUCGUGUUUUCCAUUACCAAACCGAAAAGGCCAGAAAAAUGUCGCCUACAUUGUCUGAUGCGAAACCGUUGGAUGAGAUGUUGGUGGCGAAGAUGAUUGAUUAUUUCCGCAGGGAAUGUUGGUCUACGAACUGA